AUGUCCUUGCAAAGAGCCAGCCAUCAUUGUCUCCUCGCCAAAGCAUGCGGAACUGUACUCGUGGGCUACGACUACGCCGGCAUUGCGGCAGAAGUCGGCAAGGCAAUGAAAAAGCCGUUCAAAAAGGGAGAUUGUAUCUGUGGCUUUGCACAGGAAUCAGACGCCACACAGCCUGAGUAUGAAACCUUUACCGAAUAUAUCGUCGUCAAAGGCGGCUUGCUUUACCUACAUCUCCAAUUCCAAUCUCAGAGCGGCCAUCCAUCUUGA